GUGGUCGAGUGAGGUGAUUGUUUUUGUCAUAGUUGUCGGUUACUUGUUUUCGUGUUUUUAUGUAAUCUUCAUUUGUUUUAUUAACGUUAUAUGGCCUUAAGAAUAUUUCUUCACUAAAAUGGACAACGUGUCGGUAUCAAAGGGUGUUUUCGCGCAUAAAGGAGCAUAUAAGAUCGGGAAUAGGCAAAAAAAAUUCGAAUCGGGAAAUUAUUUCAAUGAACCAUGGUAUCUCGCAUAUGAAGAGACAUGGACAAGUAUUCAAAAAGCAACAGAGGACAUGAGAUCCAACAUGUUCCAACAAAUUUUAGACGAUUUAGAGUCUUUCGUUUCAAAAGUUAAAGAAAAGUCCAUAGAACAGCUUGAAAAUGAAAUACAAACAGCAAUAUUAUUAACAGGCGUGAACGUUCCCGAUCAUGCCAUAAUGUUUCAAAGAAUAGUUUCUAAGCUGAAACCAGUAACAAAGCAUACAGCUGUUAUUUGGAGCAGAGAUUGUAAUAAUAUCAAUGAUAUUACAGAGGAAUCACUUUAUCAAUUGAUGAAUAAUAAAAAGGAUGAGAAACCGUAUAUUAAAAAGAAUCAUUGUCACAUGAGAGCGCUAAAAUUAUGGCACGAACAGCACUGUCAAACAAAUGACCCUCUUGUUAUCAUGAUAACUGAUUUUGAAAGUUGUUCUCCCGCAGUACUACACGACUUCAUUUUAACAUUAAAUUCAUAUUCAAACACAAUGAAAUUUGUCCUAAUUUUUGGUGUCGCGACCACCUUGCAUGCUAUUCAUAGAUCUUUAACGUAUGACGUCACGUCGAAAUUGAACGUCCGAGUAUUCCACAUGCAAACACAGAUCAAUAUUUUAUCUCACGUAUUAGAAAGAACUGUUUUUUGCACGAACAUACCGUUCAAAUUAACUGGACGCGCGUUUCAGUUGUUAACGGAUAUAUUUUUGUUCUACGAUUUCUCUGUAGAGAAUUUUUUAGAAAGUUAUAAGAUAUGUAUGAUACAACAUUUUUACGCGAACAACGUGAACUCUCUUUGUUGUCAACCGCGAAUGAUAAAAGAUAGAAUAUCGUCGUUAACGGAAGACGAUUUGUCAGAAAUAAAAAAAUUGCCUUCUAUAGAAAAAUACAUUCAACAGUUGAAAACAGAGAAGAACACAGAUGAUGUUAUUAAAAGUAGUAAAUGGAAGGAGAUAUUAACGCAAUUGUUGCUUGAGUUUCAUGAGUACAUGGAUCGAUUCUUAUUAACGCUCAGAUGUUUACACGAUCUUGUAUCUACUCUGCCAAAUGCGCCGAUGGGUAAACAGCUUCGUGAAUACUACACGAAAGCAGUUUACAUGAACAAUCUGAGAGAAUCCCACGAGUACAAAGAAUGCCUGCAGCUGUUGGGCUUUUUGUCCAAAACGGAACUGCUUUCGAAGUUGAAUUCUCUCAUAACAAUUAUCGAGGGUUCGAAAGACUCGGCUAUGGUUGAAGUUAGAGAAAAUCUAAGGGAUCAUAUAAAAGUAAUCGAAGUAGCUAGUUUUGAAGUAAAAGCAACUCCAAUUGACGUCGUUUCUACUGGCGAGAAACUCAGUCGUCUUCAAUUGAAAGAGAAACUCUUGAAAAUGUCCCAGAUGCAAUCUCGGUCGCCUUACAAACAAGCACAGCACGAUGUGAUUAAUUACUUGGAUCAAAAGGUGUUUUCCGUAUAUUUGAUCAAUCCGAAUCACGUACCGGCGAACGAAAUAUUUUGCUUCAGCGACGGUAAUUUAGCGAAGCAACAUAUUCGAGGAUCUCUGAGAGCUGCAAUCCACACUGGACUGAAUGAUCCACACGUAUAUUUAAAUUGCGGAUGCUGCAAAUUGGAGAACGACGACGCCAUUCCGUCCACGCUGCCCGACCUCAGUAUAAUUUACAAGCUGCACUUGGAAUCCAGGAAGCUGAUCAAUAUGUACGACUGGCUACAGGCGUUUUUAAUUAUCAUCGAUCCAGAAAACGAUGCCAAGGAACAGCGGAACGUUGAUCCGAAAUUGCAAGCCCGUUUUACGCAAGCAGUCGCCGAACUGGAGUUCCUAGGUUUCAUCAAGAGUUCACGAAAAAAGACGGACCACGUGAAACGGCUUACCUAGUUCGCUUUAUUUCUUUAGUUUUCGUAACAAAUAUCAUUUUAAUGUUUGAAGUUAAAAAUUAAGUUUCAAGCGUGUUAAGGAAUGUUAGAAAUAACUUUUUUCAUAUGUAAGUUUUUUAUUUUUAUACGUGUGUUUGAAUAAAAAAUGAAAUGAAAAGUAUGUUAUGCUUUCUUUUUGCACCGAAUGUCCUAUAACGCAGCGUGCGGAAUUUUCCGGACGGGGUGUUUCCCUUUGAAGAGGGAAAGUCAAGAUAGAAUUUAGAUAGUACAAAAUUAUGGCGUGGUGGAAAGGAAACGUAGAAGUACGGUCGAGAAACAUUCUUAUUUAUGAGGAUAAUUACGAUGAUUAGAGAUAAUAUCGUUACUUUUCCCUGUUC